GAAUAAGCCUCUGCUUUUUUUGGGGGGGGGGGGGGGAAGAAGAAGAAAAAAAACCCUGCCUAUUCCUCCCUUUCACGGACAAGAGAGAAAAAAGAUGAAGGACAACGCCGUGAACUCGUCAUCGUCUGCAAAGAAAAGUUUAUUUUGAUGUGAGUUUUUCUGUUUUAUUUCUUUUUCCCUCGGAGGAAACGAGAGGAAUAUCCCCCCCUUUUUGUUGUUGUUGUAAACCUCCAAACAAGAUCCAUCCUUUUCUCUCUCUUUAAAAAGAAAGAAGAAAAAAGACAGACGCCUUCACCGAAGGACUAUAUUUAGAAAGCAAAUCUCGUCCCCGCUGGCCGACGGAAAUGUAGAACGCGGUCAUUUUGGAGAAGGGGGGGAAAAAAAGAAAAAAAAUGAGAGCCACUGCUGGGAGUUGUAUUUUUCUACCUACGCUGGACAGCUCUCUCUAGAUAAAAGAAAAGUCUUCUACGAACCCUUUUUUUCUCCCGCUUUUUCUUUUUCUAUCUUCCGCCUGCCGUCAUGUCACCGUGUAGAAAAGGUCGUGCGGGACACGUGGCCGAGGGGAACGAGUCCGUCCCCUAAAUAGCACGUCCUCGGGAACGCUUCCAAAAGCCGAACGCUUGACACGCGCGGGAUGAGUCGGCUCGCCGCGAUUAUGUAAGAGUUUCACACCGGGCUCGUCUUCCGUCUCCCCCCCCCCCCCCACCCACCCCUUUCUUUUUUUGGUUUUUUUUUCUCUCCAUGGAUGUACGCCGUUUGACUUUGCCACCCGCCGCGCUCGUCCUCUUCUCCCCGUUGCCGGAAGCGUCACGCCGCCAGCGUGCGACCCGGCGGCGUGCGAGCGAGGCGAGGUGUUUGCGCUCGCCCGGGCGCUUUUAAGAUGUUGAGGUCUCCCCGCGCGGCCGGGGCCCCUGUUCGGAUCAGCAGCACCGAGGCUCCUCGUAGCCAAAGACAUGGACCCCGACUCGGCUCCCCCGCCCCCACGCCACUGGCCCCACGCCGCCCUGUGAAGGAUGUCCCUCAGCAGAGCGCCGGCCCGGGACACCUCUGAGACGCCCAGCCCCCGAGAACGCAUCCGCAGCCACAUGAAGAUGGUGAUCGACCAGCUGGACAGCAUCCUCAAGGAGCUCAAGGAUGUGGCCAAGGAGCUCCGGGAGGUGGUGGGUCAGAUCGAUAAACUAACGUCCGACUUUGACUUUGACCUUGAGCCGGAUGACUGGACGGUGGCCACGGCCAGCAGCACGUCGAGCAGCGACGGGGGCGGGGGCGAGGCCUUCAGGCUGGACUUCCUCAACACGGACGUGCUCUCCGACAGCUGGGAGUUCUGCAGCUACCUGGAGGCCGGCACCGGCGCCGCCUCCGCCCGCGAGCCGCCGCCGGGAUGCGGGACCAUCCCCACCCAGACGCAGACCCCCACCCCGCCCCCCUCCACCGCCUCCGUCUACUCCCAGAUGAACGGCGGCGGGCUGCCCGUCCCCAACGGGCCGCGCAUCGUCACCCCGGACUCGUCCAGCGAGGAGGCCAGCGGCUCCACCACGCACAGCCACAGGGCGUCGCGGGGGGGCGCCUCCGGCACCAGAGAACGAGUCCGCUUCAGCGACAAGAUCCUGUACCACGCGUUGUGCUGCGACGACGACGAGGACGAAGAGGAGGAGGAGGAGGAGGAAGACAAGAGCGGCACCGCUACGCCGGAUAGCGACAGCGAGGCCGGUCUCCCGUCGAGCUCGGCGACCCCCAGACGUUCUUCCUCCGAGCACUCGCUCCUCCAUCACUGUCUGGACCCCUCCUACGCGUCCUCGCCAAUGAGGGCGGCGACGAAGGGCGCUCACACGCUACCCAGGAAAGGGCUCUUGAACCCGGGCUGUCGCAAAAAACUUUUACGAAAUAGCAGCACACAAACUGUCUCUGACAAGAGCACCCAAACUGUCCUGCCCUAUGUUCCGAGCAAACAGAAAACCAAGGACCACUGAGAGAGUUUAUCAUGGGCUCUCGUGAAGAGGACUACUGUGCAUUAUUUAAUAUUAAAUACAUAGCUCAUAGAUUAAUACACAAAUACAUUAAUUACUAAAUAAAUAAAUGAUAUAUGGGAAAUCA